UCUCAAUGAUCACUGAACUCAUUAGAAACAGCAUCCAAUCUCUUUAGAAUCCUCGCCAUUCUUAAAUGAAGGAAGACCACAGUACAUAAUGUAGCACUACAUACUCCUAAAUGGCCAUAGUUAGAAUGUCUUCGAUUAUAAUUCUACUCGAUCAGAACUGACCCAGGACAGACAACAAUAACAACACAACUCCCCUUUCGGAUCCCGCAUGCGUAAUUUAGCCGUAGUUAUUUUAAUUGGACAAUGAAAUAGUAGCACAGAUACAAGGAAAUUGUUAUAAAAUCACUGAAAUGAUCUUUCACCGGUAUUUUAUAUUCUCGUUUAGUGUUAUUCACACCCCAGGAUGAACUGAAUUUUUAGAACUGAUUCUAAUCUAUUCCCAAGCAGUAGUCUGUCUCUGCAGCAUAAUUUAAGUUUUCUAAUCGAAACUAGUUUGACCGGUGAAGCCUAUCUUUUACGGGUGUGCUUUUAAACAUUUGCAUAUGCUAUUUUCGUUUUUUUCCCAUUUGUGAAAGGUUACGACAAGGACAGCAUUGGGAGGAAUAGAAAUGAGAAUGAGAUUUGGGUAUAUGAACUGCUGGAACCAAAGCAACAGAAUGUCCAAUUGGGCUGUUGCUAUUGGAGUUGGUGUGGUUACUGUUUCAGGUCUUCUUUUUGUUCUUAAACGAUGCAAAUGCAGAAGGAAAAAAAAUUAUCCCAAAGAUGUGAUCAUUCUUCAUGCUAUACCAAGAGCACAAGAUACACCAAACCUCUCUCCUUUUGGUAUAAAGCUAGAGACAUACCUUCGUAUGGCCAAGCUACCCUAUCAGGUUGAAUAUACCUAUGAGAUGUCACCAAAACAUAAAACACCUUGGAUUACAUACAAUGGAGAAGUUGUCAGUGACUCACAGUUUAUAAUCGAGUAUUUAAAUAAGAAAUUCAACCUUGAUUUAAACAGUCAUCUCUCGGAGGAACAACGUGGUGUUGCUAGAGCCAUGCAGAAAAUGAUAGAAGAGAACUUGUAUUGGGCUUUGGCUCUCAGUCGAUGGGUAUAUAGUUAUUCUGACCCAACUCUGAGAACUGUGAUCCCUGCUCCGAGAUUUAUUGUCUGGAGGAUUAGAAGAAUGGUUAAGAAACAGGCUUACUGCCAAGGUAUGGGUCGACACACUCCUUCAGAAGUGGAACAUAUUGCAAUGGAAGAUUUAAAGGCUCUCUCAGACUUUAUUGGAAGAAAGAAGUUCCUUAUGGGAGUCAAUCCAUGUGAAACUGAUUGUGCUAUAUUUGGAAUGAUUGCUUGUUUAAAGAAAAUGCCAGAAGGUAGCUUUUUCAUAAAGGUCUUUAAAGAUAAUUCAUUCCCAAAUCUAAUUGCUUACUGUGAAAGAAUGAAAGAAUUGUUCUGGCCUGAUUGGGUUAUUCCAAACUGGAAUGGUCCAACAAUGGGACUUCAGCCACUAAGACCAUAGUUUUUCAUAGAAGUUUGCUUGGUGUAAUUUCUAACAGCUUUAUUUUUCUAUUUGUGUUCUUUUUUUUUUUUUACCUCUUUUCUACUAAAUAAAACAUAUCAAAUAGUUGUAUUGCAAUCAAGUACUGAAGAAUUUUGAUAAAUAGCUGAUACCUGUUUAUAUAUAUAUACAUAUAUAUAUAUAUAUAUAUAUAUAUAUAUAUAUAUAUAUAUCCAACAAACUGUUUUCCUUUCAUCAUGUGUUCUUAAAAAUUAAAACCAUUCUUGUAAUGGAAUUUAUACCAAACUAGUUCUCAGUAAAUAUUUUAUAUUUCCUUUCAAGUUAAAUCCACAGCUCCUUAAAAUAUUAAAAGAAUUAUUCAAAAUAUUAAACCUGUUAUUUUUUUGUUUGUAUUAUUUUCUUGUUGGUUGGACUCAUAUCAGGUCCAACUGAACGGACAUAAAAUUAAGGGCAUUCUAGCUUUGACCACCACUUGUCUUCUUUUAAGGAAAUGUAGGAAUAAAUUAUCAAAUAUUCUUUCCUCAUUUAAAAUUGUAGGGUGUAAUUUAAGAGAAAUUUUACUUACAUCCAAGUUUGAAAUUGUUGAUGAAGUCUUUAAAAAACAAGGUUUAAGUUUUAAGACCAUAAAAAACACGGUUUAAGCCUUAAGUUCAAAGCAAAAAUCUAAAUAUAAAUUACAUGCUUAUGGAUUUGUAAAACUAAGGAUUAUUCUUUACUGUACAGAUGCUCCGUAACAGCUUCUCUUACACACUUACAAUUCACCCCUAAUAAGGUUCACCACUCUUAAUAUAGGGGUUCCCACAUUGACUUCUUUUCCUUGUUAUUUUCUAAACUAGUACCUAUACCAGAAUGUCUUAUUACAUGGGCCCAGAGAAUAGGGGUCAGGAACAUUUGGGUUUUAGGGGACCCAAGAUUCAAUUUGAAAAAUAAAAAUUAAGAUUCAUAUUA